AUGCCCGAACAGGAGGCGACUGCCGAGCAACCCGGCUUGCCACGCGUGUUUGAGCAUUACUACUCCGAGUCCGACCUGCUCGGUAAAGGCGCUUUUGGGUUUGUGAAGAAGGCCGAGCGCAAAGACAAUGGGCAAAAGGCAGCCGUCAAGUAUGUCUUCAAGGAGAAAAUUUUGCCAGACUGCUGGAUGCAGCAUCAGCAACACGGUAGCAUUCCAUUGGAAGUGGAUAUUCUGCUGCAAGUGUCGCACGGCAACAUUAUUGCAUUGCUCGACUUUUUCGUUUGCGACGAGUUCUUUUUGAUUGUCAUGGAGCGCCAUGGGCCCGGCAUUGACUUGUUCCAGUUCAUUGAGGACAACGCUGUCAUUUCUGAAAUGCUUGCGAGCCAUCUCUUCCGUCAGGUGGCGUCGGCCAUUGAGUACUUGCACGAACGCAACAUUCUCCACCGCGACGUCAAGGACGAGAAUCUCAUCAUUAACGAGCGCUACCGUGUCAAGCUCAUUGACUUUGGCUCGGCGGUCAAGCGGACUCCCGACCAGCUGUUUGAAACGUUUUGCGGCACGCUGGAGUACUGCAGCCCUGAAGUUCUCCUGGGCAAUCCGUACCCUGGUCCCGAGCUGGAGAUUUGGUCCAUGGGCGUCACCCUGUACACGCUUGUGUUUGCCGAAAACCCCUUCAUGGACGUCGAGGAGACGCUCAAUGCCCGGCUCAAUCCUUCGUUCAUGGUAUCGACGGAUUGCAUGUCUUUGAUUCGAAGCAUGCUUCACGUCGAUCCCGAGCAUCGAGCAACCAUUAAAGAUGUUGUCGCGCACCCGUGGCUUCACCAGCGCGUGGAUCCAGGCAUUCUACUCUCCUUCCCUUACUAA